AGAAUAUUUCACGACCUUCAAGAAUUACAAGAGACCAUCAAUCAACCUCUGGGUAUCAAAAUGUACCAUAACGAAAGUAAAGCGAAGGCGCAAGAAUUACGUUUUCUUAUGGUAAGAAUAAGAUCAUUUGCUAACAAGAAAGAAAGAAAUCACAAGGGUUCUUUCCUGGGAUAGUUUGUGUUGCAGAAAAAUGUCAUUUGCGGUUCCAGCUUGGGUUCUUUGGCUGCAAGCUGCCUACAGUCUGUGGACUUUUCUGAGGAAUGCCAAGUUCUUUCGCAUACCAUUUAUCACCGUGAGCAUGCUGUGGCAUGGCUAUGACCGUACUUGGUUUAGGCAGAGGAAGUAUCUCCUGUUGGAUAGCCAGAGCAGAGAGACUGGUGGCGAUUGGCAGGACUAUGACAAUGAAGAAGAGAAAAAGUCCCAUUCAUUCUCCAUCGAGAAUAAUUAUGACAUGAGGUUUCAGCUGAACAAGAAGAAUUACCGAUUUUGCGCCUCUUUUGAAACAGGCAAACCUCUCAAGUUCCUUCAUUUUGCAAAGAAUUACCAGCUAGUUACUGAGGACAUUAUUCUGAUGGGAAAAUACCAUCUUGUUAAAGCUGUCAAACCAGAAGCCAUGUUGAAUUAUGUUCUAACGGGAGGAACUAUGAAGACCUGUGAAGAGUACUGUGUUGUUGAUAACACCAGCUCUGAGCUCUUGCAUGAUAACUUUAUGAGAAUUUUGUCAAUUUUUCCCUUGGCAUUGCAGGCUAAAGGAUUCGAUCAGCUGUCCACAUUGGUGAGUGCAAUUUUGGUGGUGAUGGACAUUUUCUCAUAUUAUUUCAAUUUUGUCUGGCAAGUUUGUAAGGCUGUUUCUUUCAAAUAUACAAAACUUUUCUUGGGAAGGUUUAAUGUCAGAUACAGGGUCUUCAUACAUGAGCUUUUGAGCACAGGCAGUGAUUCAUUCAUGUACUGUGAUGAUUCCAUGAAAAAAUCUUACUAUAAAAAAGUAGACAAGUUUAUGGUUGUGAGGGGUUGUGAGAUUCCUUUGGAAGCCACAACUGCUCCUCUGUCAAAUGAUGGUGAUUUGCCUGACCAUGAAGAAAUAAUAAUGAAUCUGAACAAGUUCGUUGUGGUGACUGAAUUGGUUGCCGAAGGAUACUACAAUAUCACAUUAACAGACAGUAACAAUUAUAGGGAGAAGAGAGAAUUUUUAUCAAAGACAAUGACAAGAAAAAUCAUAAAUUAUUUGAUAUAUUGCGUUGAGAGCGGAAAUUACCCUUUUCGCGAUCUUUCUGAGAACUCUGUACAUGUGGUAAACCCAAUUAAGGCGAUGAUUGAUGGGGUCUUUGAAUGGGUUUUAACUGUCCAGUUAAAACGUCCGGUCAAGUUGUUUAUCUCUGAGUCCACCAUUUCAAGGGAUUUAUCUGGUGCGGAAAGAAACCCCUUCAUUUCCUCAAAAUUAUCAAGAGCACUCAAGUUUAUAUCAGCAUUUUCACCAGAUUUGAAGUGUCUUGUUCUUCAAUUCCUUUCUCUUCUCUACUCUUCGGCUAAAGGCAAAGAUUGGGUACAGAAGAAGAUACUUCCCCGUGAUCUUCAGAUUUGCAGGGGUUCUGCCUUUGAUAUAUUCUUUUGAAGGUCCUUCUUCAGAUCUUGUUGCUGCUUCAAAAUGGAUGGCUCAUGUUUCUACUCUUACUGUUCAUUACUCUAUUUCUCCUACUGUUCCCUUACGAUUGGAUGCUACUUCUGUUGCUCCUCUUAAUUAUCCCCAAGCUCAGGUGGUGGUUCCGACUAUUGUCUCACCGGCUUCUAGUCUGUUAUUGGUGGUGUUUCUAAAGUGGUUUUUUCGUCUUCGUCUUCUGGGUCUACGUGUAUGACAGAGUUCUGGUUGAAAGGUUCUUAAUAGAAGGAAAAAAUGUAAAAAUGCAU